AUGGCAAGCUCGGACAACAAAGUCGCCAUUGUCACAGGCGGAGUGUCUGGCAUUGGGGCACAAUUGACACGAACUCUGAUAGAGAGUGGCUGGGUUGUGGUAGGCCUGGAUAUUCCCGCCCAGGAGCCACUUGCCCAGAAGCUCAGUGAUGAAUUUGAAGACUCUUUUGAGUUCAUGUCUUGCGAUGUGACAAGUUACGCGGAUCUCUCACUAUGCUUCUCGAAGACUUUCGCGUCCAGGGGACGGAUUGACGCCUUUUGUUCAAAUGCUGGACUUGUGGACAAGAGUUCACUUUAUGUCUUUGAAAGUCGUGGAAAAACGGAGUAA